AUGUAUCCCUAUUACGAAUCGGAUUGGAGCGUUUUGCCACCCGAAGCGAACCGCAGAUUUAAUCCCGCCUUUAACAUGGCCACGAUUAAGCAAGUGGUAAAUGAGGCUAUCGAAAGAGUGCGAAUGCCGACCCCUAUGCGUUUGAGGGACCUCAUUCGACAGAUCAGAGCUGCAAGGACCGCAGCCGAGGAGCGUAGUGUCGUUAAUAAGGAAUGUGCCUAUAUUAGAUCUACAUUUCGCGAAGAGGAUUCCGUAUGGAGGUGUCGAAAUAUCGCAAAACUCCUAUACAUCCACAUGUUGGGUUAUCCAGCACAUUUUGGUCAAUUAGAAUGUUUAAAAUUGAUAGCGAGUCCCAGGUUUACCGACAAGCGAAUAGGCUAUCUGGGAGCGAUGCUGCUGCUAGACGAGCGCCAGGACGUCCAUCUUUUGAUCACGAAUUGCCUGAAAAACGAUCUGAAUUCGGCUACCCAAUUUGUCGUGGGCCUGGCGCUGUGCACUUUAGGCGCAAUAGCAUCGCCCGAAAUGGCCAGGGAUCUGGCCGGAGAAAUCGAGCGGCUGAUGAAGUCGCCCAACGCCUACAUUCGCAAGAAGGCUGCUCUGUGCGCGUUCCGUAUCAUCAAGAGAGUACCUGAACUGAUGGAGAUAUUCCUGCCGGCCACCAGGAGUUUGCUUUCGGAGAAAAACCACGGUGUUUUGAUCACCGGCGUAACGCUUAUUACUGAAAUGUGCGAAAACAGUCCAGACACUUUGAGUCACUUUAAAAAAAUUGUGCCAAAUUUGGUCAGGAUAUUGAAGAACCUAAUUCUUGCCGGUUAUUCCCCGGAGCACGACGUAUCGGGAGUUAGCGAUCCCUUUUUGCAGGUAAAAAUUUUGAAACUUUUACGGGUACUCGGCAUCAACGACGUGGACGCUUCGGAGGCAAUGAACGACAUCCUGGCGCAAGUGGCGACCAAUACAGAAACCAGCAAAAACGUGGGCAACACUAUUUUAUACGAAACCGUUUUAUCCAUCAUGGAUAUCAAAUCCGAAGGUGGAUUGAGAGUGCUUGCGGUAAACAUUCUCGGUAGAUUCCUAUUGAACAACGACAAAAAUAUAAGAUACGUCGCUUUAAACACCCUAUUGAGGACAGUUCACGUGGACACAUCGGCCGUUCAACGUCACCGAUCGACCAUAUUGGAAUGUUUGAAGGAUCCGGACGUGUCGAUAAGGCGUCGAGCGAUGGAAUUGUCGUUCGCAUUGGUCAACGCGCAGAACAUCAGAACCAUGAUGAAGGAAUUGCUCGCCUUUUUGGAGAAAACCGAUCCGGAAUUUAAGGCGCAAUGUUCGAGCGCUAUCGUACUGGCCGCCGAAAGGUACGCGCCGAACAAGCGAUGGCAUUUAGACACGUUGCUCAAAGUCUUGGUGGCGGCCGGCAAUUAUGUUAGAGACGACGUGAUCAGUUCGACGAUACAAUUAAUAUCAGACAGCAGCAGUCAACAAUCGUACGUGUCUUUGCAAUUGUUCAAAGCCUUAUCGGAGGACCACCAAAACCGGCAGCCCCUGACCCAAAUAGCCGUAUGGUCCAUAGGCGAGUACGGAGAUCUUCUCCUGCAAGCCACCCCGGACGAAGAGAACGGAAUCGUCCCGCCGACGGAAGACGAGGUCAUCGAGUUGUACCAAAAAUUGCUGUGGUCCCCGCAGAACACGGUCACCACGAAGCAAUACACGCUGAUGAGCUUGACCAAAUUGAGCACGAGAUUCAACAACACCAACAAUAAAAUCCAGCAGAUCAUCAGCUCGUUCUGUUCGAGUUUGCACGUGGAGUUGCAGCAACGCGGCGUGGAGUAUUCGCAGUUGUUCGGUAAAUACUCGCACCUGCGGCCGCCGCUGUUGGAGAGAAUGCCGCCCAUGGAGCUGACGCGGAGCCAGGCGGACAACGGUCAGACGAACGGCGAUGUCAGCGAUCCGGAAAUGAGAUCUGUAGACAACAGCCCGCGGCAUAACGUCCAUAGCGAAUCGAAUGCCUUGUUGGAUUUGUUGGGAGGGACGGAUAGUACGUCGGAUUUGGAUGUUAUGAAGAUAUCGCAACCGGUUGCGCAGCCCGUAUCGAAUACUAAUAAUCAAGAUUUAUUGGAUCUCUUGGGAUUGGGGCCCAUUUCGUCGACGCCGACUACGGAUACGGGCGGGAAUAAUUUGGGUCUCAUUAUGGAGAAUAACAACAGCAACGCCUUAAUUAGUAAUCAGAAUUCUAAUUUUCUUUCGGGUGAUCUAUUCAGUAGUACCGCUAUCGAAAGAAACGUGCCUACGCUUACUGCCUACAACAAGGACGGUUUACAAAUAGUGUUUUCUUUAAACAAAAUACCAGACAGUAAUACUUUGUCUAUAAACGUGACCACAACCAAUAACACGUUGUCUACUAUGACUGAUUACAUAUUCCAAGUAGCCGUUCCUAGAACAUUCCAGUUGCAAAUGUUGUCUCCUUCAGGUACUGUCUUAUCGCCUAACGGUAAUGUAACACAGGAUUUGAAGGUCACUAAUCCUAGCAGGAAUUCCCUUAAGAUGAAAGUAAGGCUUUCCUACCUGAUUGAUGGUAAUCCCGUUCAAGAUCAAGUAGAAGUAAACAAUUUCCCUGCGGAUAUUUGGGAUUGA